AUGGAGGACGAGGACUAUGAUCUCUAUGAGGAUAUUGAGCCGCCAACUAAGCAGCAGCAGCAGCAGCAGCAGCAGGCAGCAGCAGCAGUAGACAAUGAUCCUGCUGCGGCAGCAGCAGCUGCUGCUGCUGCAGCAGCAGCCCCGGCGUUUGCUGCAGCCGCUCCUGCAUCCAGCAGUACAGGAGCAGCAGCAGCAGCAGCAGCAGCAGCAGCACCUCCCUCUGCAGCAGCAGCCGCAGCGCCGCAGCCCCCAGCAGCAGCAGCAGCAGCAGCAGCAGCAGCAGCAGCAGAAGAUGAUGAUGAUGGAGUUAUAGUGGUUGGGGGCGAAGAGGAUUUGGCCGUCAUCUGCGACAGCCCUUCAACUGAAAACAAAUUUGGAAGAGGAUGGCAAGGCGAAAGAACCCGCAGGAGCGUUUUGUACAUGCGGAAAGAUAGGCCUGUCUUUUUGGGGGCGCCGCCGCCAGUAGCAGCAGCAGCAGCAGCAGCAGCAGCAGAGCAGCUGCUGGUUUUGUCGCUGCUGCCUUGGUGGGUGACGGAGGUUUCUCUCCGCGAAGCCGCUUCUGUCUUUGGCGGCGUUUUGGGAGUUAGGGUUUUUGGCAACUUCUCCGGCAGCAGGCCAUCGGGAGUCGCGCUUCUUCUCUUCGAAACGGAAGGACAUGCAGCAGCAGCAGCAACAGGACUCGGCAAAGUGUUAGCUGCGCAGGGCAGCUCAGCAGCAGCAGCAGCAGCAGCAGCAAAACGUCCCUUGUCUCGAAACGCUAUAUUUGCCGUUGCAGGGGUCAGCAACGAGCCCCUGCCGCAGCAGCUGCAGCAGCAGCAGCAGCAGCAGCUGCAACAGCAGCAGCAACCGCAGCAGCAGCAGCAGCAGCAGCAGCAGCAGCAGCAGCAGCAGGUGACGACGCAGGGCGCGACUGCAGCAGACACUCACAGUACGCCCCAGCAGCAGCAGCAACCGCAGCAGCAAAAAACACAGCAGCAGCAGCAGCAGCCACAGCAGCAGCAGCAGCAGCAGCCACAGCAGCAGCAGCAAACGGAGGCAUCGCAGCAGAAGACGGGCCUCAGCGCACUAUUUCCCUUUUUCGAUCCCUCGGUGCUGCAAAUUGACGGAGCAGCAGCAGCAGCAGAGGACUGCAGCAGCAGCAGCGAAGCAGAAACUAGCAGCAGCAGCAGCAGCAGCAGCAGCGCUCCGCAGAAGCCGGCGACGAGCAAACGAUCCAGGAGAGCUAGGGCGAAGCGGCUGAAAGCAGAAGCUGCUGCUCUUCCGCAGCAGCAGCAGCAGCAGCAGCAGCGAUGGGUGCAGCACCAGCAGUACCUCCAGCAGCAGCAUCAGCAGCAGCUGCAGCAGCAGCAGCAGUACAUGAUGAGGUACCACCCGCAGCAGCAGCAGCAGCAGCAGCAGCAGCGGGUGCUGCCGCGAGGAGUCAAUGCCAUGCCUUUGGGGGGAUCGCAUUCUUAUGGUUCAAACUACAGAGGCAGCCAGAUGUAG